CUUUUCCAGGCUGAGAAUUUCGCCAGAUCUCUUCCAUCUCCGGGUUUCUCUAGACCGAGUCCCAUAGCAUACGGCUAUCUGUAAACUUGUAUCCCCGGAGAAGACCGUUGAAAACUUCCAAAAUGAAGGGAAUAUUCGUUCUGGUCCUUGUGCUGGGAAUGCUCUUUACGGGCACGGUCAACACUAUAUUGAACAAACUGCAGGAUAUGACAUGUGUCGAGAAUUGCGAGGAUCCUGAUACGUCCCGCAGAGAAUAUUUCGAGCAACCUUUAUGGCAGACGUUGAAUAUGUUUGUGGGCGAAGCUCUCUGUUUACUGGUCUACUAUAUCGGCGUGUACUUGGAAUCUCGGCGAUCCUCAUCGUCGGGUGACUAUCAACCAGUUGCGAUCCACCCCGAAGAUCCAACGUCAGUCCAGGCUGAUACAGCAACAUCCCCGAACCGAUCCAGCACGGAAUCAACUCCACUGAUUGCCGGAUCAAGCAUUCCUCCUCUCACAGGCACCAAGAAUCUUCUUUUGUGGCUGCCUACCCUCUGCGAUAUGACUGCGACGACGCUGAUGAAUGUCGGUCUUAUCCACGUGUCUGCUUCCAUCUAUCAAAUGCUCCGCGGCUCUGUUGUACUGUUCACUGGUACGCUCUCUGUAUACUUUCUCGGCCGCAAGCACCCUCUGUAUAGAUGGUUUGCCCUGAUUAUGGUGUUUUUGGGUGUCGCCGUCGUGGGACUCAGCAGUAUCAUUGAGAAGCCAGAUCCUAACAAGGGUCCUGUCAAAUCUUCUUUCACUGGGGUCCUUCUCGUGGUUCUCGCCCAAACCUUUACAGCCCUGCAGUUUGUCAUUGAAGAAAAGAUUAUGGGGCGGUAUGAACUCCCUGCUAUCAAAGCCGUAGGACUAGAAGGACUUUUCGGAUUGGUUUCAGUUGGUCUGGGGAUGCCCGUCCUCUACUACGCCUUUGGGGUGGGAACUGGCAACUUUUUUGACCUGCCCGUUGGAUUCCAUCAACUCUUUAGUCAUGCCCAGAUCCUGUACGCUGGGAUCGGUAUCAUCUUUUCUAUUGCGUUUUUCAAUUGGUUUGGGUUGUCAGUGACGAGAAGUAUUAGUGCUACAUCAAGGUCGACGAUUGAUACGUGCCGGACACUCUUCAUCUGGAUGAUCAGUCUUGGAUUGGGCUGGGAGAAUUUUCGAUGGUUGCAGGUUGUCGGUUUCGUUAUCCUCAUCUAUGGAACGUUCCUAUUCAAUGACGUUGUCUCCCCACCUCCUCUUCACGCAUGUCGUCGUCCGGUUGUGGAAGAUGCGGAUGAGAUUGUGGAGCCGUGAAUCUAGGGCUAUGCUAUGACGAUUGUAUUUUAUUUAUUGAACAGAUAUGGGUUAGGGUGAUGACGGUCUGUUGUUGCUGCUAUCAAUUUUUUUUGUGGAAUUUGCAAAAUAACCAGGUGGAUCGACGCAUGCGAACCCAAAAACAUAAAUGUGAUCAG